GGGGGGAGGGUGUAAUAUUGAUUCGGGUCAAAAUGACCCUAAGGCAACACAAGGGUUAAUAGACCCAACUGGUGGUUACUGUUAGGUUGUAAUAGUUUAUUUUGAUAACAUCUGCAGAGGUCAUAUGUUUUAAAUUAAUUCAUAUAGAAAGAUAUUAUAAUAGAACAUAUUAGGGAGAAUAUUGAUAUUGUUAUUAAUGUAUUAUGAAGCAUAGGGGUAAUGUUUACUCUAUGCAAAUGUAAAUGGCAAGGAUUAAUGUAUAUUGCAUGAGAGUGACUGUAUGUUAGUAUUAUAGAUUGACGAGGCCGGUUGAAUUCCGUCAAGUGACUUACAAUAACAAGGGACUUUUAUUGUGAAAGUGACUUUAAUACGGACAAUAACAAGACGGGACUCUUAUUGUGAAAAUACUUGUUUAGACCGUUGUUUGACCGGAAGUGACGUUUUGACCGGGGCCAGGGACAUUGAGUAUAAAACUCCGUGGAUUAGAGAAAUCGGGUCUCUUCCACAGGUAUUCUCGACGCCGGAAGGAGGGCGGAGGAGCCGAAGAAGAUCACAAUCGUGAGGCCUUGAAUGUUCGUUUUACCCUUCCUGCCAUUAAAUGUUGAUAACUUCAUUCACGCACGUCCGGAAGCCUGUUUUCCAUCAUUUGCGAAGUGCCCAGUUUCAGAAUUACUUAACAUUACAAAUAAAUCUACGUGAUUUCAACUCUGAUCCAGACUCCCUGUGGGGGUCUGAUUCCUGAGGUCCCGUGUGUGAGCAUCCCGUUACGUCUCACCAGCAGUCAAAAAGUUUAUAUGCAUCACGUACAUUUUUUUGUCAACAACUAUCCAGAGGAAAGAAAUUCAGCCACCAUGAUUUAUAAAUAUUGCAUUUUUCGCAUAUUGACCAUUUAGCUGCGAACCUUUCCUUUGAGAUCCCUUAUCGCCCUUCAGCUCCCACCCACACCGUCAACGGUCAACACACUCAAGAACAUAACAUGAAACGGGAAUUGUGCCAAUAAUCAAUCAGACAAAAAAAAACAGUCCAAAUAAUGUUGACAUUGUGCUAAUACAUGUAGUGACUCACCUAUAGAAUCUACAGUAAACCUUCAAAAGUCACACUUUAGAGUCACACAGAUUAAAGUUGGCACAAACCUCUCCUUCCACGUCACCCUCCUCUCCUUCUCCAGCACACAUCUCCUAAUCCCCCUUUUCAGCUACAACAUAACUCUGUCGGCUCCUCCUGGUUUUCAAGCACACGAGCGCAUCUGCACACGCGGCAACUCAAACAGUUAACAUGCAAAAAGCUCAAUGACUACAGAGGACACUUAUCAACUCCUGAGAUUCCCACACAAGCGUUGGCUGUGCCUUCCGAUCGGAUGACGUCCGUCGGUCCGUCCGCAGAACACGCAGACAUCAACAUCUCUGAGGGAGCUUGGAUAACAUGAGCAUCGUCAUUGUCUGCUUCCCCGGCGCCCCCCAGGUGUCACAAGAGGCCCUGCAGCGGGAGGCAGAGCUGGAGCGACAGAUUGACAUGAAAGUGGAAGAAAUUAUUGAGACGAUGAGGUCCAGAAAUGAGGACCCUGACCUUUUGUACGUACUCAAAUUCCUGGCUGCGGAAGAGAUACCAGGGCUGCCACCAGGGGGCGGUAUCACCAGCAAGCGAGAUUGUAUCAUCUCUUCGUAUCAGAAACACAUCAUGGCUGUCAAAUCUCAGGAGGCUAUGACGGUCAUCGAAGAAUCGGAGGAGGACUCAAAGUAAACCGUUAACAUGGAAACAGAAGAAUCACCAGCUUCACCAUCUCGAUGGAGACCAGUAAACUAAACUGGUUGUUUGUGUGUAAUAUAU